AUGAGCAUUAACGACCACAUGAACGACAUGAAGAUCGUCCAAGGCGUCCAGAAUGAACGAAAGGGUUUCCAGACAGACACCGACAUCUCCCGUACCACCAGCAACCCCAACGCAGAACGUGAACUCCAGCCCUGGGUCCCCGACGGCCCCGCCGCCGCGGCAACUGCCUCGCCUUCGCCUCGCCCGAAUGGAGGCAACGCCGAUUUGGAGACGUUUGGCCAGGCAAAGAAUAUUCCGUGGGAUCAGUUUGAGACGAACGAGAGGCUGUUUGGGGCAAAGACAGACUUCCAGGAGGAGUUGUAUACCACCAAGCUCAACAGAGGCGGUGCCGACUAUCAGAAGAGGGAAAAGGAAGCGGAGAGAAUGGCGAAGGAGAUUAUGGGCCAAACUGCCAAGAAUGCGCACGUCGCAGAAGAGCGGGGCCAGGUCGACACUCGAGACGAAGAGGAAAAGUACUCUGGCGUCUCCCGUGCCCCCAACGCCUACGUGCCUCCUUCUGCUCGACGCGGCAACAGCGGUCAAGCUCCGGCUGCUCCUCGCGCCUCUGUCAACGGCAACCAAGCUCCCAAAGCCCCCGAGCCACCCAAGGCCGAAUCGCCCGUCCUGGUUCCACCCGCCGGUCCUGCUCGCAGCACAAGCGAUGAAGUCGUCAACACUGUGCCCCAAUAUGUUCCCAUGAAGGCUUCCGGUACCAGCACCAACAUCCAGCCCAUCACUGAGGGCGCGACCUCGUCCAUUGCCGAGCAGAAGAAUGAGCUCAGCGGUGUCGUCAACGAGUGGAGGCAGUUUGUUGGGACCGAGCGCGAAAAGGUGGAGGCCAGAAGAACGUCGGCGUUGAAGACGGAAAAGGACAAGCAAUUGGCCGAGUUGAAAAAGUUCCAGGCAAGCUUCAAGGUGCCGCUACCGAUGCCCAAGGACAUGCUUUCGAUCUUGACCAAGGAUGAGGCAAAGCAGAAGGAUAUUGAGGCAAAGGCUGCCGCCGCCCUCGAUGCUGCCAAAAAGGAUCGCAAAACCUCUUUGGCGGCUGCGCCUUCUCCUGUCAGCGCUGCACCUCCCAUCCACACCAAUGGCAAGACCGACGCUCCCCGCCCUCCUGGUUCCAAAAAGAUCAACAUGAGGAUCCCUGAAAUCCCACCUUUCAACGCCACCAAGCGCAAACCACCCCCCGUUCCCGUCGCCGAGUCUGCCCAAAACGACAUCAAGCUUCUCACCUCUCCCACUCCCUCCAACGUUUCGCUUGCGUCUACAAGACUCAACCCUACUGCGAGCUCAUUUGUCUUCAAGCCGCGUGCGGACGCGCAGGCUUUCAAGCCUGGGCAGCCGUCUGUGGCUGGGAGUCCAGCGGUUUCUGCCAAGCAGCCUGCUGCUGGCCCGUCCACGACAUCCACUCCUGCCCCUGCUCCCGCUCAGAACCAACCUCGCGGCAACCAAUUCUUCCGUGAAAAGCCCCCCGAAAGGUUGUCAAAUGUCAACCCGAGGGAAGACUUCAACCCAUGGAAGCACAGGCCCGUGGAGCAGCCUUCUACUGUGGGUUUGGCUUGGGGCUUCUCGGGCAGAAAGGCUGGUGUACCACCCGCGUUUGCAAGCCCCGCCCCAGGUGUUCACUUGCAGUUUGACGAUGAUCCCAACUCGCCUUCGCCACACCCUGCUCAGCCGUCUUUGAUGCCUGGUAUGCCGCCCAACUAUCCUCCUUUCGGUCGAUUCCAGCCCGGCAUGCCCCCGCCUUACGCUGUUCAGGGUAUGCAAAACCCCAUGUUCUCCCCUCCUCACUUUGCUCCUCACCCAGGACAACAAAUGGGCCAGCCUCCCCAGCAUAUGAUACCCGGUGGUCCACAGCAUAACAUGCCCAUGUAUUUCCAAAACGGCAUGCCUCACUCCCCCGCUUUCCUCCCCCCUCAACCCAUGCAACAAUACCCCCACACCCCUCAACGCCAUGUCCAAGGUCCUGGACCGGGCGGACCCAAUGGUCCUCCACAGAUAUUCUACCCCAACCAGGGCCCACCGAUGCCUCACCAAACUCCUCUGCAACAUCACCAAAUCCCAUACCCCGGCCACUCUCCCGCUCAAGGGCACCAGCCGCCAUACCAGCAAGCACCGCCGCCGCAGAUGCAAAUGUCGCCCGUACCGGGACACGCACAUGCGGCGCAGGCACAGCAGCAGCCUGGGGCUUGA